AGGCAGCCGUGCAUGGUUUAAUCCGACCAUAAAGCUCCAUGGGCCACACUAAGAUUUAAAUACUGUUUACGACAUUGGUUUGCCUUUUUACCGAAUCUUCAUUGAAAUAUUGAACCUUUAAUUCCCUCUAAGCGUCAGAGGGGAGAGUCACGUUUUCUUGUGGAGAACUGGUUCUUUUGGUUUAGUUCAUCGCCGUCUCUGGGCAAGUGAGGAUUGCUUAACCAAACGGAGUCUGGUUUUAUUACAAAACAUAUUUUUAUGACCCUUGAAGUCAAAAGAUUUUUACAUUCUCCGCAAGUGUCAUUAUUGAAUUGAAUACAUUAAAGUGCUUUAAAAGGAUGUUAAGAUGACUUGAUUUGUGACAGUUACAAAAUAGAAAAAAAAAGUUUACAAAAAACCUGAAACUCUGGUUACAGAGCAUCAAUGAGAGCGUGAAAGAAUACAGACAAACUUAAGAGGAAAAACUGUCUUAUAAGCCGUUAUAUUAAAAGAAUUGUGACAUAUCCCACAUUGUCAUCAUGCAUACCAUGUACGAGAAAGUGGUAUCGGUGGUAGCCAAGCCGGUGGAGGAACGGACAGACAUUGAGUGUAUGGACUUGGUGGCCUGGUUCAGGAACAAAUCCUCACUCUUCCAGUCCCUCAAAGCAGAAAUAAUCAAAGAUGUGAUACGACAUUGUAUAUUUGAGAGACCUAAAAAGGACGAAGUUAUCAUAAAACAGGGGGAUAAUGGAGACAGAUUAUACAUCAUUUUACGCGGGAAAAUGUCCAUCUACGUCCUCCAAGACAAAGAAAAUGAGCAGGAAGUCAAACAGCUGAUAGAGAAAGCAGUGGCAAAGGGCAAGCUAGACAGAGCAGCAUUGGGCCAGCAUGUAUGGACGUCGGUCGAGGGUAACACGGUUGGGGAGAUUGCCCUUAUCAAAGAGGACUGUGUAAGGACCGCCAGUGUUGUGGUGGAUGAGGACACGGAUCUCAUGGUGGUUGACAGGACGCUUUACAACCGAUCCGUCCGCGAUGUCCUCGAAAAAGAGUUCCACGACAAAACUCAGUUUGUGGAAACCAAUCCAUUAUUUUCUUUCUGGUCUCCAAAAAUGAAAAAGUCUCUGGCAAUAUCUCUAAAAAGAGAAAUUCACUAUUAUGGAAGCCCCAUUGUGCGACAAGGCCAAGCAGUUGAGAACCUUUACAUUAUCACAGAAGGAGAAGUAGAGAUUUUGAUCGACCAAGGAGGAUACAAAGAACAGUUUCCGGAGAUGUGGACGGAAAUGAAGCGAUUACUUCCGGAACUUCUCCCACCGAAGCGAAGGGUGUCAAUAGGAAGACAGAGAGAGGUCCCCGUGAAUAUCACUCCAUCAGAAUCAUUACGUCAGAAGAAAAUGUCUCACAAAAACUUCCAAAUGUGUCUUCUUGGAGGAAACGAAAUCAUUGGUGCAACUGAAACAUUAUUGGGAUUGAAGACAUAUAUGGAGAAUGCAAAUGUUACUCGAAAAACAGAACUCUUAUCGUUAAGUAAAGGAAACUACCAGCGAUUAUUCAUGAAAAAAUCUGCAAGUCGUAGUAUAGAACGACUGAAAAAAGUCAUGGUGUCGCGGUUAUAUCUGUAUAUACACAGGACACAGAUGUCCCUUCACAACGCGUCCUUACUCAAGUACCUCACACUGAAACUUAGAGACCCCGAGUCACUGAAGCAGCUGAAAUCAAAACAUACGAGGAAACCGAAAGGGAAACAAGAAAAGUACAAAGAGUAUUUCUACGGAGCGUUCAACUCCAGGAGUUAUGACAAGGACGAGGAAAACAUCAGGAGUUUCCUUAAAACGAUGGGAGUGUACUAUAUUACCGAUAAUUCUCUGCCGGAACUUGAAACGAGUUCCCGCGUUUUGGCGGACUUGAAUGACCAUUUGUCAGAUUGGCUGAAACGUACCCAAAAAAGCGAAAAGCCAGAAUUCAGGGAAGUUUUAUCACCCGACGGACAAAAGUUUAAAAGAUACCGACUUGAGGCAAUGACUCAACCCCCUAGACUGGAUACGUUUGUGAGAACGAAAACCAUUGCUUAAGACUCUGACUGUCAUCUACAUCUAGGAUUCCAAAGAAAGUACUACGUCAUAGCCAAAUGUACAUAAACACUGAAUAAACGUUUAAAUGUCAUUUACUUGUAUUACCUGCUGAAAUAUAGUAACAAAGUCUGUUUAAGUAAUCAAAAGAUAUUAAACAGUAAAAAACA